AAUUCUAACAAUUACAAGUUUAUCAAAUAUAUGAAUUUGGUGCCCAUCCAAACACGCCCUAAUAAUUCCAUGAUAAUAUAUAAAUACAAGAGUGCAAGGCCGACUAUAGCAUGCAUGGACAUGGCUUUUGACAUUUCAUUUCCAAAUUUUCUUCUCCUUCUCUCCCUUCUCUUCCCAUUUUGCACUUCCAUUGACACAAUCACCCCUUCCAAAUCCAUCAAAGACGGCCAAACUCUAAUAUCUGACGCCAGUAACUUCGAACUCGGAUUCUUCAGUCCCGGCAAUUCGACUGCCCGGUACGUCGGAAUAUGGUACAAGAAGGCCCCGCCGGAGAAGAAGUACGUUUGGGUGGCCAACAGAGACGAUCCACUCACGAAUUCAUCCGGCGUUCUAUCCAUCAGUCCUGAUGGAAACCUUGCAGUCUUGAUGGUGGGACGGCCUGCUUUUACGAUCACAAAUGCUUCGACCGCGGUGAAUUAUACAACCGCAACGCUCCUGGAUACAGGAAAUCUUGUUUUGAAGGAUAAUCAGAACCGAGUGUUAUGGCAAAGCUUCGAUUACCCGACGGAUACUCUACUAGCGGGCAUGAAAUUCGGGUGGGACAGGAAGAAGGGUGUGAGCAGGGUCAUGAGGUCAUGGAAAUCUGAGACCGAUCCAGCCAGCGGUGACUACAUCUUUCAAAUGGAUCCACGUGGGUCCCCUCAGCUCUUCCUACUGAAAGGAUCCAAUGAGCUCUGGAGAAGUGGGCCAUGGAACGGUCGAGGAUUCAGCGGCGUACCGUUGAUGAACCAUCAGACCGUGGUCACAUACCAUUUCAAGAUCGACGGUGAUGGGACCUACUACUGGUAUGAUCUAAAUAGCAAUUCCAUCUUCUCCAGAUUGAUUUUGAAUAGCUCAGGUGAUCUUCAACGGUUAGCAUGGCGAGAUGGGACCCAGCGAUGGACACCGUUCUCACGUGCCAUCGACGAUAAGUGCGAUGAGUAUGCGAAAUGUGGGGCCUACAGCAGCUGCAAUGUGAAUCGUGCGGUGAUAUGUGAGUGUUUGAGAGGGUUUAAGCCCAAGCUGCCGGAGGUGUGGAACUUGCAUGAUUGGUCUAGUGGGUGUAAUCGACGGCAGGGAUUGGGUUGUGGGAAGGGAGAUGGGUUUAAGAAAAUUGAAAAUGUGAAGCUGCCGGAUACGUCGUCGGCUCGGGUUGUACGAUUAUCGGUGCUGAUAUUGAUAAGUGGGGAGGUGAGUGUUUGA